CUUGGAGACCGUGGAACCAUCGAAUUGACAGUCAAGUCGGUUCCUCAACCCGACACUUCAGCAUCAUGGUCCAAAUUGCCUUCGUGGCUGCGGUGCUCUCCGCCGCGUGCGUGAGCACUGUCGUCGCAUCUCCCACUCCCAAUCCUCCCGGAGGCGUAAACCCGCCGGACCAGGCCGUGGCGGAUGCUCAUCGGACUUCCCGUGCCGCAAAGACUGGGUUCUGGUAUGCCAACAUCGACCACACCUCUGCCAACGUCCGGGGUUACGCGCCUGAUCUCGAUAACGACUAUACCUACGAGGUCUUCCGCGCUGUCACUCCAGGCGACGGUCCCGGUAUACAGAAGGCUAUCAAUGAAGCGACCAACGGGGCCAGCCGUCACGGCCAAUGGCUUGCGUCUCAACCCAGGGUCGUCUACAUCCCCCCCGGGGAGUACAUCGUUGACAAGACGAUCUACAUGAAUACCGACACCAUAAUUAUGGGCGAUGCUACUGAUCCUCCUGUCAUCAAAGCCGCAGCGAACUUCGCCGGCGACGGCACCCUAUUCUCAGGCCAGGACCCGACAACGGGGGUCUCGGGCGAGCUUUCGUUUGCCGUCAGCCUCAAGAACAUCAUUCUUGACACCAAGAAUGUUGCCGGAAAUCAGCCGUUCACUGCGCUUUAUUGGGGUGUUGCCCAAGUGGCACAUCUCCAGAACGUCAGAAUCCGCAUGCCCUAUUCUGUCAACGGCGCCGGCCACUCCGGCAUGCGGCUGGGGCGUGGCUCCACGCUCGCUGUCUCGGACGUGCGCAUCGAGGGUGGUCAGAACGGUAUCUGGCACAACGGGCACCAGCAAGCGGUCUACAAGAGCAUCUACUUCUACCAAAACACGGUAGGCAUGCUGAUCGACGGCGGCCAUACCAUCAGCAUCAUCAACCCAACCUUCGACACCGUUGGCACUUGCGUUCUCAACACAGGCGGCUACCCCUGGAUUGGGCUCAUCGACGCCAAGUCCAUUAACUCGGGCGUCGUCCUCAAGACGACCACCUGGCCGUCGUACGUGAUCGAAAACCUUGACAAGGACACGCUCCACAGCAACGUGGCCGAAGGCCCGAGCGACUUCGUCCUGGGCCCACAAUCGCACGUCGCCCAGUUUUCCUACGGCAACACGGUGGACCGCAACCCCGUCUAUGGGCCGGUGAGCGCGACUACUCUGUCCCGCCCGAGCGCCCUGGCCCCCUCCGGCCGCUACCCAGCCAUCGCAGCGCCCAACUACGCCAGCAACCCGGUCUCCGACUUCCUCAACGUUAAGGACCCGGCGCAGAACGGCGGGCGCAAGAUCCUAGGCGACCACACCAUCGACGAGUCGGCCGCGCUCAACGCCAUCCUCGAGCUCGCCGCCUCCCAGAACAAGAUCGCCUACUUCCCCUUCGGCAAGUACCGCGUCGACUCCACGCUCAUCAUCCCGCCCGGCAGCCGCAUCGUGGGCGAGGCGUGGGCGACCAUAACGGGCGCCGGCUCGUAUUUCGCCGACGCGUCCAACCCCAAGCCAGUCAUUCAGAUCGGUCGCCCGGGGGACGUGGGUGUCGCUCAGAUCCAGGACAUGCGCUUCACCGUCAGCGAGGUGCUCCCCGGCGCGAUCAUUACCCAGUUCCACAUGGCCGGCCGCCAGCCCGGUGACGUGGCGCUGUGGAACAGCCUGAUCACGGUGGGCGGGACGCGCGGGGCCGACAAGCUCACCAACGCGUGCCGCGACACGAGCAACCAGUGCAAGGCGGCGUUUAUGGGGAUGCACUUCGCGCCGACGUCGUCCGUGUACGUGGAGAAUGUAUGGAACUGGGUCGCGGACCACGUCACGGAGGAGUUUGACGGCGGCAGUGCCUUCGCGGCGGGCAGGGGCGCGCUUGUGGAGGCGACCAAGGGCACGUGGCUGCACGGGUUGGGGUCUGAGCACUGGUGGCUGUACCAGCUCAAUCUCAAGAAGGCAGAGAACGUCAUGGUCAGCAUGCUGCAGAGCGAGACGAACUACGAUCAGGGCGACAACAACCCGAUGGUGGUGCCGGCGCCGUGGACGGUCGAGGCGCAGAAGUGGGGCGAUCCGGACUUUAGUUGGUGUGCAGGCAAUGACAAGAGGUGCCGGAUGGGCCCGGCGAACUACAUCAACGGAGGGAAGGGCAUCCGCACGUAUGCGUCGGCCUCGUGGGCCUUCUUCAGCGGGCCGGGAUACCAGGGCUGCAACAAUGGCUGCCAGCGCAUCAUGCAUUUCGUGCAGCAGACGCCGGCAGACUUGCAGGCUUUUGGUUUGUGCAGCAAGGAUACGGAUGCCACGCUGAGGUUGGCCAACGGAACGGAGAUCGUCACGGCGAACGGCUUCACCGGCUCGUGGGGAGGCGAUGUUGGUAGGUAUACUCCGUAG